AUGGUUUCGAUUAAAUAUCUCAUUGUUUUCAUUCAAUUGGCUCUUUUGGCUCAUUGUCUACCAAAUGAGUUGGUGGUAGAGCGAGAGGAACCAAACUAUGCCCCCAAUUGGGACUCUAUAGACAAGAGACCACUUCCCAGUUGGUACGAUGAAUCGAAAAUUGGUAUUUUCAUACAUUGGGGAGUAUUCUCUGUGCCAUCAUUUGGCAACGAAUGGUUUUGGUUAGUUGUCCACUCUAUGCUCGUGGCAAUGGAAUGGAUCCAAAGAAAAAGCAUACAUUGAAUUUAUGACUCAAAACUAUAAGCCACACUUUACUUAUGCAGACUUUGCUAAUCAAUUCACAGCAGAAUUCUAUGAUCCCAACCAUUGGGCCGAUAUAUUCAAAGCCUCGGGAGCUAAAUAUGUUGUGCUCACGAGUAAACAUCACGAGGGCUUUACAAUGUGGCCAUCGAAGACUUCUUGGAAUUGGAAUGCAUUAGAUAUUGGACCCAAUCGGGACUUAUUAGGAGAUUUGGCAACUGCUGUAAGAAAAGCAGGUCUUAAGUUCGGUGCAUAUCAUUCAUGGUUUGAGUGGUUUAAUCCACUUUAUGUUCAGGACAAGAAUAAUAAGUUUAGUACUCAAGAAUUUGUCAAAAUGAAAGCUCGUCCAGAAUUAGAAGAACUAAUCAAUACUUACAAACCUGAAGUGAUUUGGUCUGAUGGCGAUUGGGAAGCGCCGGACACUUACUGGAAUAGUACUGACUUCUUGGCCUGGCUUUACAAUGAAAGUCCAGUAAAAGACACGGUUGUAGUGAAUGACAGAUGGGGUGUAAACACGUCUUGCAAACACGGCGGGUAUUAUAGUUGUGCCGAUCGAUACAAUCCCGGAGUACUACAGCCACACAAGUGGGAGAAUGCCAUGACUUUGGACAAGAGUUCGUGGGGUUACCGAAGAAAUUCACAAUUGAGUGACUAUUUAAGUGUUCACGAGUUAAUCUCAACUUUGGCCCAAACUGUCAGUUGCGGAGGAAAUCUAUUGAUAAAUAUCGGACCCACACAUGACGGGCGAGUGACUCCUAUAUUUGAGGAUCGUUUGAGACAAUUUGGUUCUUGGCUUACAGUGAAUGGAGAGUCCAUUUAUAGCAGUAAACCCUGGAAACAUCAAAAUGAUACCAUCAGUAAAAAUGUUUGGUAUACCCAGAAAGACAAGGCAGUGUAUGCCAUAGUACUGGAGUGGCCACAAACCAAUCAACUAACUCUGGGAGCUGUUGAACCUAAAACUGUGGACACAAUCCAACUCUUGGGAUCAAAAGGCAAUUUAGAGUUUAAGGAGUCGAGCGGAUCCACUCUCGUUACGUUCCCUCAGCUCAACCCCGGGAGCCUUCUCUGGGCUUAUGUCCUCAAAAUUAAUACUAAAUAAAUAUUUGUCUUUCUAUUCUUAA